UUAGAUACGUAGGAAUAAAACCAACGCAGCAAGCCACCCGUCACGCCAAAACAUCGUAGUUUAUUUAACAGUAUAGUGUGGUCCACCUUAUCAAAUGCCUUGCUAAAAUCAGUGUACACCGCAUCCACCUGUACGUUGUUAUCAAGUGCUGAGAUCAGAAAAUCUGUGUAUUCCAAUAAGUUGGUUUCAAAAGAUCUGAAACGAGAUUGAUUCUAUUUGAAGAUUCUGUUUGACUUAAACAAAUACGCUGGUGUACACUAAUUUCUCAAAAACCUUGCAAAUAAUAGGCAAUAAUGAUAUCGGUCGGUAAUUAGUAACUAAAUUCCUAGCACCAUUUUUGAAAAUUGGGACUACGUUGGCCUGCUUCCACGCGACUGGCAAAAUCCCCUGUUGCAAAGAUUUAUUAUAAAUUAACUGUAGGGGUAUUGCCAUAGCCUCAGAGCAGUUCCUAAUCAAGAUUGGUGGUAGAUUAUCCGCUCCCGGCCCUUUAUUCAACGCUAUCCCAUGUAAUGCUUUGUGUACUUCAGCAAUAGUAAAGGACCCAACAGACACAUUAAACAAACCUAUCACGCCCCCCUCGUCAAGCACGAUGGCAGACGGUGGUGUGAAAUUGUUGAAAAAUACUCAGUAAAUAGCGAACAAAUGCUUUCCCCAUCAGAAGCUACAGUACCAUCAUACUCGACGCUAGCAGGGAUACUUGUGCCGCCUCUCCUGCGUCUCAGAUAAGACCAAAAUUGUUUCGGGUCUGCGACAAUAUUAUCCUGAACGCGUUCCAUGUAUGUUAUGUGAUCGCGAUCGAUCAGAAACUUUGAGCGACCACGCAAAAGCGAAAAAGUAACGUAAUCCAAGUGAUUCCCAUAGAGAUUCCACCGUUUAUGCAUCUUACGUUUUUCAUUUAACACCCGAAUCGUAUCCCUUGUAAACCAGGGCGGGUAACCUUUCACAUACCGGGACUUUUGUGGAACAUGUUUUUUUAUUUCCAGAAACAAAUGUUUAUAAAAAAGUCCAUUCAAGAUGAAGGAUUAAUGUUUAGUAUAGUACAUAGUGCACCUGUCGGAAGAAAUUGGAAGGUGAGUUUGCAAAUACGACAUUAAGAAAAAAGACCACUUAAGACUGCAAUUUUGCAAAAAUGGAAUGCAAUUGAUAAUAAAGUGACAAAAAGAUUAGUACACAGAUGCUGAAACGUUAUUGGAAAUUUCACGUGCCAAAGGCGAUAGUAAAUUAUUAAAAGAUCAAAACAGCUGAGUAUUUAUUAUGUAUGUUUUGGGCAAUAAACUUUCAUUUUUGUGAUGCUCAGCUAUUUCCUCACUUAUUUAUGUAUUUGCCAUAAUAUUUCUGUCCUAUAUUAUAUUAAGUAGGUAAUGUCACCUUGAGUGGACCGCCUGAAACAUUUUUAUGAUGUAACAGUAUGAUAUAACACCCGAAAAUCAUUAGUCAAUGAAUGUCGAAAUGAAUAACCAAUUGAAAUUAGAGAAUAGUCAGAUAUAAACUAACGAUUUAAUAAUCAAAUAGCAAAUAUGAUAUUACAAGGUUAGCAAUAUCUGACGGGCAUUUAUAAAUACCGAUAUAUAUCUCCCCGCUACCUACAUAAAUACACUUUAAGUGAAACCAAAAAGCUAAACUUUGACCAGUCUUGAAUAACGUUUUGUAUUAAAUGGAUCUAAACGAGAAAGUUGCUAUUGUAACGGGAGCAAGUGCCGGGAUUGGCGCAGCAACAGUUAAAGCUUUGUUAAAUCUAGGAAUGAAGGUGGUUGGUUUUGCUAGAAGAAAAGAAUUAAUUGAAAGCUUGGUCGAAAACCAUAAUGGAAAAUUAUUUGCUCGAUGCAUCGACAUGACAAAACCCCAAGAAGUUCUGGAUGGUUUCGAUUGGGUUACCAAAAACGUGGGGCCAAUUCACGUUUUGAUUAACAACGCAGGUAUUGCUAGGUAUGCGUCGAUUUUAUCGGGAAAUUUUGAAGUUUGGAAACGAAUUAUGGACACCAACUUUAUGAGCGUAGCUAUUGGAUGCAAAGAGGCCGUAAAAAUUAUGAGAGAACACAAAAUCGACGGUUAUAUUAUCAAUAUUAACAGUGUUCAUGGUUAUUACGAUUGUCUCGAUUCUAAUUUGAUUAUGUAUACAUCUUCUAAAUCCGCUUUAAGAAUUAUGACGGAAAAUGUCCGUUUGGAAUUAGCUAAAAUAGGAAGUAAUAUUCGAAUCACAAGUUUGGCUCCUGGUUUAGUUAAAACUGAUAUUGUGGAAAGUGGGUAUGGAAAAGACAAGAGUGACGCUAUGUAUGAUCACCUUCCGUUUAUUUUUGCCGAAGACAUUGCUAAGACAAUCGUUUAUUUACUUUCUACCCCUCCACGAAUGAAUAUUUCCGAAAUGUUGGUGAGACCCACCGGGGAAAUUGGUACAAAAAUAUCCCCCAUGUAAAUGUAUUUAAUUAUUUUUAGUUAAAAUUAAUUGUUUCGAAUCAGA